AUGGAGCGGACGGGGGCGGCGCCGGGACCGGGGCCGCUGUCGACGGGGACGGGACCGGGGCCGCUGGCCGCCUCGCUGGCCCAGGGGCUGCUCAAGUCGCCGCGGCCGCUGAUGAAGAAGCAGGCGGUGAAGCGGCACCACCACAAGCACAACCUCAAGCACCGCUACGACUUCCUGGAGACGCUCGGCAAAGGCACCUACGGGAAGGUGAAGAAAGCCCGCGAGCGCUCCGGGAAGCUGGUGGCCAUCAAGUCCAUCCGCAAGGACAAGAUCAAGGAUGAGCAGGACCUCGUCCAUAUCCGCAGGGAGAUCGAGAUCAUGUCAUCCCUCAAUCACCCCCACAUCAUUGCCGUCCAUGAAGUGUUUGAGAACAGCAGCAAGAUCGUGAUCGUGAUGGAGUACGCCAGCAAGGGGGACCUGUACGACUACAUCAGCGAGCGGCAGCGCCUCUCGGAGCACGAGGCCCGGCACUUCUUCCGCCAGGUCGUCUCCGCCGUCUACUACUGCCACAAGAACGGCAUCGUCCACAGGGACCUGAAGCUGGAGAACAUCCUGCUCGAUGCCAACGGGAACAUCAAGAUCGCGGACUUCGGCCUCUCCAACGUCUACCAGCAGGACAGGCUGCUGCAGACGUUCUGCGGCAGCCCGCUCUACGCGUCGCCCGAGAUCAUCAACGGGAGGCCCUACAGGGGCCCGGAGGUGGACAGCUGGUCUCUGGGCGUCCUCCUCUACAUCCUGGUGCACGGCGCGAUGCCCUUCGAUGGCCAGGACUACAAGACGCUGGUGAAGCAGAUCACGAGCGGGGAGUACCGGGAGCCCACGAAGCUGUCGGAUGCCUGCGGGCUCAUCCGCUGGAUGCUCAUGGUGAACCCGGCGCGCCGCGCCACCAUCGAGGACAUCGCCACGCACUGGUGGGUGAACUGGGGCUACAAGGUGCCCGUCGGGGAGCAGGAGGCGCUGCGGGAGAGCGAGUCGCCGCUGGCCGCGGUGGCCGAGUGGCUGCGCCGCUCGUCACGGCCCCUCGUCGAGAACGGCUCCAGGGUGCGCUGCUUCUUCAAGCAGCACCUGCCCGCGCCCGGCGGCGCCCUCGAGAGGCAGCGCUCGCUCAAGAAGUCCAAGAAGGAGAACGACGUAUCCCAGGCGCUGCAGGAGCCCGUGCCGGAGAACCCGGCCAAGUCCGUCCUCAAGAGGCCCAAGGGCAUCUUGAAGAAGAAGAACUCGGGCGAGCAGAAGGUGCCCGGGCCCAGCCCUCCGCACACGGCCGCUGCUGAGGAGGGCGACGCAGCUCUGAGCUGUGUCCUUACAGACAACAGUGCGGUCCCCACGGCCGUGCCCAGGAAGGGCAUCCUCAAGAAGCCCCCGAUGAGGGAGUCGGGCUAUUACUCCUCUCUGGAGGGCGGCGAAUCCCCGGACGGGCCGGACUUGGGGAGCCCGGACGGCAGCCUGGACCUGGAUGGCAGCGUGUUUGCCGAGGGUCCCGCCGUGGAGCCGGCUGCUCCGGGGCUCCCCGUGCACCCCAAGGGCAUCCUGAAGCACCAGAGCAAGUCCUCGGGCGGCCCCGUGCCAGAGCCGGGCUUGGUGCGUUUCGGAGAGGGUCCCCGCGGCCGCCCCGGCAGCGCCGUCAGCGAGGACAGCAUCCUCUCCACCGAGUCCUUCGAGCAGCUCGACCUACCUGCACGCACGCCCCGCGGUGCCAUGCGCGGCUGCGUCUCUGUCGACAGUUUCCUCCGCCUGGAGCAGGAGGAGGAGGAGGAGGAGGCCGGGCGCCGGCUGCGCCGCUGGACGGUGACGCACUGCCCCGGUCCCCUGGCGCGGAGCCGCUUCUCCCCGUGGGACUGUGACGGGGUCACCGAGGGCUGCAAAGGGGGACCGUCGGUGUGAAGCUGAGCGGCUGCCCCCAACCCGCUGUGGGGACAGGGCUG